AUGAAAUAUUUCACAAUAUUGCGCAAUAAGAAUUCAUACAUCGGGAAGAAAGUAACGUUUUGCAAAUAGAGCGAUUGUUUUAUUAACCGAUUUUAUUACUAUAUAAAGUAUUUUAUAUUUAUGUGUAUAUUUCUGUGCUGCAUAUUUUAUUCUGAAUAUAUAUUUUUUGCGCUGAAAUAAACAGACAUUCUUGCGGUCGAUAAGGUAUAUCGAUUACAAUUUUCUUUGCGAGCAACAUAAAUCACAAAAGUAGACCAGUUAGCACCAUUUUUAACAAGAGUACACAGGAAUUUGUUUCGAAAACAAAAUGGCACUCGUCUUCUACCCAACAAGCUCAAAGUGGCUCAGAUAUGAAGAAGUCACCUCUCGAGAGCAAACGAAUGAAGACAAAUUUAAAGAACAAUUUAUGUUUAGUAUUGACAAACGAAGAUAUGCUGAACGUGCAGGCCACAAAUGUGGCAAAAAAUUCAAUAAUGGAUAUACAAGAAAAGUAUCAAUGCGAACCAAUUCAGGUUGCAUCCAGGGAUGGCGAAGUAAGAAAUCAAUUGACAAAAGAUCAAUCAAGUUAUUUAGUUCUGACAGAUACAGAAAUGUUCCUCAAGAAAGAUUUAUCAGAGGAACCAAUCGAUCUGAACCCAUGGUGCAAGGAGUGGACAACUUCUUGCUUAGAUGAAGAAUUACUUUCCUCAAAUUUAGAUGUGCAACACAUGUUUUGCAUAGAUCAUUUCACAAAUUUGCAGACAUUACAAGAUCCUAGAUCUUCAACAGAACUGUCCACGAGUCAACCAACCACAGCUAUUUUCGAACAUAAAAGUAUUCCCAAGGACGAUAUAAUAUAUGAUUUUGAUCAGCACAUAUACAGCAUAUCACAUGAUAAUGAAAAUAACAAUGUUUUAUCACCAACAUUCAUAAACAAUGAUAUAGAAGAAAUGGACUUGUCUCGGCAAGUAAAUGAUUCAAAAACAUGGGAAUCCGAGAUGCAAAAUGUCGAAAUCAUUCCUAAUGAUAAAUUAGAUAGUGCAAGUUUUUAUCUGAAUAAAUUUGAAACAGAACAAAAUAACGAGGAAUCUCCAAAUCCAACUUUAAUUUUAUCUCCAGCUGAAAGUGAUAUAUUCUUUGACACUUACACUGUUGUUGAUCCAAUGGACAAUUUUCACUCAUUAAAUAACAGAUCCGACACUACUAUCGAAAAUUUAGAAUCUCCAGACCUUAAUAAUCCCUCAGAUGAAGUGUUUGUGGAGCAGUCUAUUGAUCUCAGCUUUAUAUCUAAUGACAUACUUGAAAGUGAUAAAUUAGAAACCAUUACAGCAAGUGAUAAUUGUCUUUUGUCUAGAUUUUCCUUAAUUGAUUCAAGUAAACCUUUGUUGAAUAUAAAAUUGGUACCGGAGAGUUCAGAUUGUUUAGUUAACACUCCUGAUGUCAUCGACAAUGCCAUGUCAUUGGAAAGUGAUUUCAACCUGCUUUCCUACAUAGAUAACGAUACUACAAGCAUUAGCUCAGUUUCAAGUGAUGCAACUAAACAUGUACCAGUUAACAAUUUUUGUGCAAUUAAGGCUAAUAAUAAAAAAUCUAAACAUCGACAUAACUUAUCUAUUGAGUCGCACCUGUCAACAACUUUAAAAGCCAAGAAAAAGCAAGAGAAAAGAGGGCGCCCACCUAAACUUCCGGGGUCUUCUAUAAAAGUGGAAUUCUUUCCUGGAGAAACUGAAGAUGAUUUUAAAUACAGAGAAUUAAGAAAUAAAAAUAACGAAGCAUCUAGAAGAUCACGAAUGCUGAGAAAAGAACGUGAAACUCAGAUUCUUACAACUUUGCAUGAUCUUGAGAAACACAAUCAACAAUUGAUCAAUAGUGUUUCACAUCUCGAAGAAGAAUGUAAAAAAUAUAGAAGCAAAUUAUUAGAUGCUAUGUCGAAAUGAAUAUAUUUACUGUAUACUUGUUAAUUAUUAAUAAUCAUGCCCUCAAAUAUAUAUCGGAUGAUUAGAUUUUAUAUCAUUUAAAAUUAUUGAAUAUUUACAUAAAUUUUAUUUAGAUAUUAAUUAAAAUGUAU